AUUAAAUGCAAUAAUUGGAGGAGCCAUAAGUAGAGGAGCAACAAUAACAAUAAGGCCAGGAUCAAGAUGACGAUUUGAUGAUUCCAUUAAAUGUGCAGGCACGAUUGGCUGAAUUCACUGAUCGAUACUUUGUUAAAUCCUUUUCGGAACAUUAAUAUGUGUUUUAGCAUUCAAAUCGUUUAUACUUGAGUGGAAUAAAUAAGAAUCACCCAAUAGUGAAGAGCGACAGUGAUAUCAAGGAGAUUGAAUUUACGUAGAAGGAAUAGCAUGUGAAGGGUAAGAAAAAGAAGGGAGGCUUGAAGGUUAAGAGUGAUACAGUGAUGUUGAAGGUACAUUUGGAGAACGGAGAAGUCUAUAAUGUAGUUGCUGGACAGGAUGGAUAUAUCAUAGAGAUGAAUGAAAAUCUAUAAAAAAAUAAGCAAUAUUUAAAAUAAUAUCCAGAGACUAAAGGUUUCGUGUGUAUUAUCUAAGGUUGUCGCAAAUGAUG